UUAGGUUAAUAUUUGUGUGUUAAUUUAUGUCACAGUGCAUCCUUACAUAAUCAUGUGCAGACCUUAAGCAUGAGAGUUGAUUUCACUCAUGCUCAUUUAGUCUAAGUAAAACAAACAACUUUCUCAUUGCUUCUGUUGAGAAGUAAUGUUGUCUCUAUUACUAAUUUGUUUAUGGCUCUCACAUCCCCCAGAGAGCCUCCUUAGAAAUCCAGGCACUUAAUUUUUUGGGACAGACUGGAAGGAAAAAUAAAAGCAAAGGCCUGGCCUGGACUAAAUGGACUCCACAAUGCAGAGGGGGAUGCACAGUACUGACAAAUCAGACAAAAACAAAUACGAGACUAGUAUACUGAUGAGAGUCGCCUGAGAGUGCACAAAUGAGACCCUCAUGCCUGUUUGAAUCUCUUUCAGAAAUGCCCACCAUGGGUUGGUCAUAAUAAGUCUCCCUACGAGAGCAGUGGAAACAACAAAAGGCACCCCCUGCAGUAGUAGAGAUCUAAUAUUGGCACCCGUAGCAGCUGGCAGGCUGUCUCCUGUAAUUUUAGCGCACACUGAUGCAGAGGAAAGAUUUAAUGGGCAUUGGUCGGCGUACCCUCAUCUGAGGGCGUAAAGGAGGCAGAGCAGAGCGAGCAGAGAGGGAGGGGAGCAGAGGGAGAGGACAGUGAGGAGAGAGGGAGAGAGAAAGCAGCGUGUGAGGGCUGCUGUGGCUCAGAAGUAAAGUCAGGCAACUAUCUGGAGCAGCAUGACUCUUCUAACACUUGGACUGUAUCUGCCCCUCUGGUUUUGUUGUGGCCUGGCUCAGUCUUCUUUUCCGGACAGUUUUAUUUCAUUCCCAACAGCUCUCAGACCCCAAGAGCAGCAGAGGAGAUUCAGCCCAUGCUGUUUACUGAGUCCGCCUCCACCCCCACUGUUUCCUCCACCCCCUUCACUUUGGCGCCGCCACGCUCAUAAUGAGGACAUUUCAUAUCAUGGUGGUGACUCAGAGCAGGGCAAUGAGGACAAAGGUUCUGCCUGUGUUCGAGGCCCCCGUGGACCUGCUGGUCCCCCUGGGAUUGAGGGGCCACCUGGAUUACCUGGGAUAGGAGGGCCUAAGGGAGAAAAGGGAGAAAUCGGAAGACCUGGGCAAAAGGGUCGGACGGGUCCUCCUGGCCUUCCUGGGAAGCAGGGACCAGCUGGAUGGCCAGGACCAAGUGGGCCCAAAGGUGAGAAAGGUGACCCAGGGCUGAUGGGUUUACCUGGAGCCAGAGGACCAAUUGGGCCACGGGGUCUGCCUGGGUAUAAAGGGGAAAAGGGUUCACGAGGUGAUCAUGGCGAGAGAGGAGUGAAAGGCGACAAGGGUGCAAUGGGUUUCCCAGGGAUGCUUGGACAAAAAGGGGAAAUGGGUCCAAAGGGAGAACCUGGAAUCUCAGGAAACAGAGGACCCACAGGCCGACCAGGAAAGAGAGGCAAGCAGGGAGUGAAAGGAGACCUGGGUAGUGUUGGUCCUAUGGGACCUGCAGGCCCCCAGGGCCCUGCAGGCCACCCUGGUCCUCCUGGAUUACCUGCCACAGUAUUUCCUCCUCUCUCUAUGUGUUUAGGACUGUACAUGGUUGGAACAAAGGGUGCACGUGGUCCACCAGGGCCUCCUGGAAAGUGUAGCUGCAGCUCUCUCAGUACUUCUCCAUUUGAUGAUUAUCCCUCCAGAGGAAACUACCCCAAAGUACCAGCGAUAUUCGUUGUGAGCAAUGAGGAAGAGCUAGAGCGCCUUCACGCAGACAAUGCUCUUGCAUUCCGCAAGGACCAGAGAGCUCUUUAUUUCAAAGACAUUGAUGGCUGGCUGCCAAUCCAGACUUUUCCAUUCCAGUUGACACCGUUCCAGUCCAUGGAAAACGCACCUGAUGAUGAAGGUUACUGUGGUGAUGGGAUAGUGCAGAUUUCCAGCGGCGAGGAGUGUGAUGACAGAAACAGAGUUGUCACUGACGGCUGCGUCAAGUGCAAACAUGCCUACUGUGGAGACGGAUACCGCUAUGAGGGUGCUGAGGAGUGUGAUGGAAAGGACUUUGGAUACCAGACAUGUAAUUCAUAUCUUCCAGGGUCAUAUGGUCACCUCAAGUGCACACCCUACUGCGUUAUUGACUCCACAAACUGCAAGUACUUCACUUGAGCAGGAAGCUGGACAGUGCAGGGCGAUCCUCUGUGUGUUAUUUUCUUAACACAUAACAGGAACAUUUUCAUGCAGAAAAAAAAAAACAUAAUGCUUGAAGCAAGAGACUCUGGAGAUAGAGGCAGCCACUGAUUCUAUGAUAAAAGAAAAAGAUAAGAAAACAUAUUAAUGACUCCUCUGUAUUGCUGCUGAGAUUCCUCGGAGCUCCUCGAAGUUAUGCUCGGUCUGUGGAGGUGGAAACCUUCAACCACACAUAGGAAACGCACAGGACAACUGCACGCCGUCUUAACAGGCAGGACUUAAGACCGGCCUCUUCAUCAUGCCUGACUGGACCGGAAUCAGCUUCUGGAUGCAACAGUUGUGUGACAGCCAUGCAGAAACUUGGUUAAAUGUGCCAAUGGGAGAUGUUGCAGUGGGGCAGUAGCUGGGCCAGAGGUGUAUUAAUCUUGACCCAGUUACUGUUGAGAAAGAGAAGCAGUAGGACAUCCAGAGCCGUGGCCUCAGGUAUUCCACUGCAGCGCGAAUGACGGUGCAUAGCAUUUGCAUGAGGCUGAGAUUAUUGAGAUCAUGACUACAGCUGUCACUAUCCAAGCACGUAACCUAUCACUUUACUUAUUAUUGCCACAACAAAGUUCGCACUGUGUAGUAUCAAUAUCACAUCAAGAAUUUCAGUUGUGAAGGUAAAACUGGGCAUAUAGUCAGAUCAGUAUGUGUAGUGCGUGAAUUAUGCAUGUAAUAUUUUCAGUGAGACUGUUGUGCCUGCUCAUAUACCAAAGGCCGACUUGGCUUGUGGUGGUACUGUAUUCACAGGGAUAUCCAGUCCGGACAAGGUUUCACACAUCCAAACAAUUCUCAGGAACAAACAGGUAGUGUAGCUCCACGCAGCACCUUUCACAAGGCCUCCUCCACUAUUCUCUUCGUAACCGAAACGGCAUUGACUGUACGCUGAAGCACACAGAUAACUCAAAAAAGAGCUUUAAAGUAUCAACAAGGUGCAGUCCUCCGGGUGUGAUCGAGUUUCUUCCCUGUGCUUCAGUGAGAAAUGAAAUAUACUGUAUGUGAAGGCUUGAAACUGUUAUGUCCUUAAUUUUCUCAAAGCACAGGAAAGCCGGGAUAGUCUGUUAGCUGCUAGAAGUGGAGGAAGUUCAAUUCCAGUCUGUUCUAUGGUCAUUACUGUAUUUACUCUAAUACCUCUUUAUCCAGUCUUUCUGUCUUACAGUAUAUACAGCAACAGUGAAACUCAACAGUAAAUUUAACAGAGUAGAUGUAGUCCGCUGUGUGUUGGGCACCAAUGGUGAAAACGACUUCUGCCGAUAUAAGCUGAAAUUUUCCAUAAGCUACUGUAUGAGUCGCAGUGCCAAGGGAGACCUUUUCUCAGCCGUACUUAGAUGUAGUCAGGUGUUCUAAAGUGAUUCUUCCGUACAAGCAACUGAAAAAUAAAGACUGUUACCUUAUUGUCUCCGCAUGCUUGUGCUACCAUGAGUGUGAAAUGCUUCCACUUUGUCAAACUUUAUAUUGUAAAUUACUGCAUUCAUCAGCAUAGCAGGUGUCUUAAGAGAUAUCAGUCUUGCUUUGCCCAGAAUGUAGCUCAGUACUGUAUGUAUCACACACCAUACAUUAUAGUGAUGAACUGUUCCAUGCACAAAGCUGAAAUAUCUUUUUGGAAAAGUGUGUUGAAUGUUCUGUCUGUGGCCUGUGCUGCUGUGCUGUGUCUUGUACUGUGUAUGCACAACAAUGCUGAAACAUAGUAUGCAUGUGAUAAUGUACUGUAAGGCUUUAUGAAAUAUAGUAUGCACUGUGACUGGGAUAGUGAAAGUUCAUUUUGUGUCAUUAUUCUGAUAUGAUUUAUACAGUAGUUGUGGGUCAUUUUAAAAAGAAAUGAAAAUAAAACAGGAAUUU